AUGGAUUAUAUGAAGUGCCCAUUAAAAAAACGACCAAUUUUUUAUCAAAUUAAUGAAGAACAAAUUGUUCAAAACAAUCUACCAUUGGAUUAUACAGACCAACCACAAGACUUAUCAUUAAAACGUAAAAAUGAAAUUCAAAUUAAUGAAAUCAAUGAAUCGAAACGUUUUUGUCCAAUUGAUUUAUCAAUUGCAUCAAAUCCAAAUAAUUACAAAAAAGAAGAGGAACAAAAUAGUACUAAAUAUUUUAGUCCAAUAACUUGGCCACAACAAAAUUAUUUAACAACACAACAUCAAUUACAUUAUAAUAAAAUUGAGCGAAGAUCAAUAACUCCGGAAUCGCUAUCCGGUGAUUCAUAUAUAUCACGUAAUUCAACAAUAUCACCAAUUAGUAUCGAAAUGCGUUAUACAAAUUACAAUGAACAAUCAAUGUCACCAAGAUUAUCACCAAUAUCAGCAGUAUCUUCUGGUUAUAAUAGUGAUAAUAAAAAUGAAGAACCUGAAGAUUUAUCAAUAAGAAAUUAUAUACCAUUACCAAUAGCAGAAUUUAAUAAUGGAUCAUAUUAUAAUCAAUCCGAAUCACAAUUAAAUUAUAAUAAAAAUAAAAUAUUAGAUGGUUCUUCAACAUUAUCGCUAACGGCAACCUCACCAUCGUCUACUGGUACAGUUAAGAAUACAAUACGUUUUAAUUGUGAUAAAUGUGGUAAAUCAUAUUCAACAUUUGCUGGCCUUACAAAACAUUUACAAUUCCAUUGUCCAAAAAUUGAAAGUAAUCAAAUUAAAAAAGUAUUUAGUUGUCAAGAUUGUAGUAAAAUUUAUAAUUCAUUGGGUGCCCUUAAAAUGCAUAUUAGAACACAUACAUUACCAUGUAAAUGCAAUAUAUGUGGUAAAUCAUUUUCGCGACCAUGGUUAUUACAAGGUCAUAUAAGAACACAUACCGGAGAGAAACCAUUUCAAUGUGAUCAUUGCCCGAGAGCUUUUGCUGAUCGUUCUAAUUUAAGAGCCCAUCAACAGACACAUGUCGAUGUCAAAAAAUACAAUUGUGAAAAUUGUAAAAAAUCAUUUUCUCGUAUGUCUUUAUUACGAAAACAUUGCGAUGAUAAUGUAGAAUGUCAAAGAAUAUGUCCAAUAAAUCAAACUUUAUGUACUUUUCCAAAUAUGUUAAAAAUUGGCGAAUUCUUUGUAUGCCGAUGGAAAAUUAAUAAUGAUAAUAAUUAA